UUCGUCGAAGAGUAUUACGUGAGUGGACGCGAGACGAAUGCCAAUAAGGAUUUUAAGGUCGUUCAUACUUAUUGAAAAAGGGCGGAGAACGGUCGUGCUCGAGUCAGAACGGUCUUAGAGAUGGCCGGGAGCAUCUUCCACCGUUGUGUUGUGUCGUUGUGUUUUGUUGUGUUGGUGGUCGCGUGGGCAGAUGAUCGAGUUCUUCUCACGGAAGAGGACGAACGACGAUGGAACACUCCACCUGAACUGAUACCAGAACAAGUGAACAAGGAAUCUGAUGCGAAAGCGCGAUCGUUGUCCAUUUCAAACGCAGGGAACAAUGCGCACUCUUUCGGCUUUCAAGCAAGCCCAGAGGGCGUUAGCUACUCUCAAAGCAACAGUUUCGGUCGUCCAUUGUCUCAAACGAGUGGAGUCAUUUCGCAAAGUCAGUCGGUGUCGUUCGCAGCAGGAUUAACAGGGAUCUCUGGUGCUCUAUCCAGUGUCAGUCAAUAUUAUCCCGUAUAUGGGAAUCAAGGGAACGUGGUUGGUUUCGGCAGUGGAACUUCUUCUUCUUCGUCGGUGUCAUCCUCUGUAGGUUCCACGCAUUCCUCUUCGCCGCACGUAGUCACAAUUGGACUCACGAAAGGAAUGCCUGUUAGAUUUCCUGGACAGAGUCAGCAUCGACCAAUAUGGACUAAUAUUCGUCCUAACAUUAAUAAUAAUGGUCCUUCGCAUACCCCAAAAUUAGAAAUAGAAGUGAAACCAUAUGAGCCAAAAGAAAGUCAUUUCAACCCGAUCGAAUUAGACAUUUCGACACAAAAAACGAGAUUGAAUAAUAACAAACCCACAAUUCAGAUACAUAAGUGGCGGCCUAGUAAUGAUGAUGAAAUAUUUAAUAAUCGAUAAAUGUAGAUGGAUAUAAUUGUAGAAAUUUUUUUAGUUGAUUGUUAAAUCCUUUUAUUAAUGGUUAUAUUAAUCGUUUUAUAAAUAAAUAUUCAAUAUUUCGAAAAUCGAUAACGUUUGAUUUGUUAAUUUAACAACAUAUUUUGGAAUAAAUAAAAGUUCAAAGAAUAAAUUUAAAAUCUAUGGUAAAAUAAACUAAUAAUAUGUAUAGUACGAUAUUAUAAAUUUUCAAACAUGUAUAAAUGUUGUAUAAACGUUGAAUUUACUAUUCAUAUAAGAAACUAUUCAUAAAUAAAGUAAAUUUGUUGUUUCUUCUUGUUCCUUGUAA